AUGGCUUCAUCUCCUUUGAGAACAAAAUCCUUCUACCAUGCUCGUUCUGUCAGCUUGCCUUCUAGACUUAACCCGGUCAUUCCUCAUGUCGAUGAGCAUUUGAGGCUAAGUGGCCUUGAAAACAUGUAUGAUCGUUUGGAUGAUUUGCUUCUAUUGCCACACACUCAGCAAUCUUUUGCUCAACAGCGCCAUGAGAAAUGGGUUGAAGUGAUGCUGGAAAAGUAUCUAAGGCUAUUGGAUAUGUGUGCUACCACUAAAGAUGUUUCCUCACAAACAAAGCAAGAUUUACAAGGCCUUCUUUUAAUCCUACGCAGAAGGAGGGUGGCGGAUGACUUUUCUGGGUACUUAAAUUCAAGAAAGAAGGCAAAGAAGGUGAUCCAAAAAUCUCUAAAAGAUUUGAAGAGUAUCAAAACCAAGCACACCAUCGUAGGUCUUGGCAAAAGCCAGGAACUUUUGGAUUCACUAAAUGAGGUUGAAGCAGCCACUAUUGGGUUGUUGGAGUCAUUCUUGUCCUAUAUUUCAGGAACAAAGGCAGAUUCAAGAUUGAGUGCAUUUUCUUUGGCUUCCAAACUCGUGCACCGAAAGAGCGUUGCAUCUGAAGAUGAAGAAACAAAGAGUAACGUGUUUGAAAAUUUUGAUGCUGCAUUACGCUCGCUCAACAAUCAUAAGAUGAGCAAAUCUGAUAAUGUUGUACACUUCGAGAAUCUGCAACACCAGUUGGGGAAGAUGGAGUCAAGCAUUCAAGAUAUCGAAGAAGGACUUGAGUUUUUGUUCAGACGGUUAAUCAAAAUGAGAGUUAUCCUCCUCAACAUUCUCAACCAUUAG